AUGUCUUUACAACAACCACCACAACAAGAUUGGAUGGAAUCCAAUUUUGAUGAACAAGUUUCCCUGAUGGAAGAUCAACAACAAAAAGGAUCAUCGACCAGUUCUGAUAUUAAUGGUAACAACAACAAUAGGAUCGGAGCAAGUGCUGAUUCAUCGUUUGGUGGUGAUGAUGAUGAUUUUUCAAAUUCUCUACAAUUUCAAUUCGCCAAAUCCAUGUUGCAAUCAACUACGAGCAAAGUUGUGCCAUCAUGGUUUUCAUUUGGAUUUUUAAAACCAUACUUUAUUGGAUUGGAUGAAAAACAGGCUUUACAGAGAAUGAUUCAAACUGUGUUCAAGCCUUUACAGCCCAUGAUUUCGCAUAUGGAUGAUCCCGAUUUGUUUAUUCCGGUAGUGGCUGUUUUUUCAUUGGCCAUCUUGUUGGAUUUUCAAAUGAAAUUCUUUAAUGUUCAUGUGAACGAAGGAACUUUAUUAGGAACAAGUUUAUUCUCAUCCUUUGUGUAUUGGAUUGCAUCUUCAGCAUUUUUCUUUGUUGUUGGACUUGUAUUGGGCUGUAACAUGUCAAUCAUCAGCUUGUUAUGCAUUACCGGAUAUCAAUUAAUUCCACUCUGUGCCAUUCAAUUUUGUAGUUUGAUUUAUUCGGGACUUUCUGGCGGAUCAACCUCCAAUGUUCUCUUCUAUUUACUCUAUUUCACUUUGGCCCUCUCAGGAAGCAUUAAUUAUGGAUUGAGCUUUUUCGUAAAAACUGCAGGAACAACAUCCUUAAAUGAUGGUACCACUCGUGUGGCAAAAAAGACAAACGGAAUGAUCAUGUGUGGAUUGGCCAUUUUCAUUCACAUGGUUUACAUCUUUUGGGUUUCCACUGUUUUCCAGGCUGCCACAAAGGCCAUUAAUCAAGCCAUUGGUGGUGUAGACGAACUGACCACCCGCAGCAGCCUUUCACAAGAGUGA